UCGAGAAAUUAGCACACCCAUGAAUGUGAGCUAACGGGCCCGAAUUUUUCAUAAAAGUAACCUUCAAAGGAAAUAUAAUCGGACAUUAAGACACAUCCAGAACAGAACAUUGAACUGUAUUGUUCCGUAAACACAAGACGCCGCGAUGCCGUCGCUCAGCUGUCGAUUUUACCAGCACCGGUUCCCAGAGGUGGAGGAUGUGGUGAUGGUGAACGUGAGGUCCAUCGCUGAGAUGGGAGCGUACGUCAGCCUGUUGGAGUACAACAACAUCGAGGGCAUGAUCCUGCUGAGCGAGUUGUCCCGUCGACGUAUCCGCUCCAUCAACAAGCUCAUCCGCAUAGGCCGCAAUGAGUGUGUGGUCGUCAUCCGAGUAGACAAAGAAAAGGGUAAGAGCAGGCGGGAGGGUCCGGACCACUACAG